CCUGCAGUAGAGGCGUAAUGGUUAAAUUGCGACAGUCGUUUCUUCUUGACGGCUGAUGAUGACAUGUCAACAACAAACAUGGCAGCCAGCAGCAACUAUUGGGAAGAUUUGCGUAAACAGGCCAGGCAGCUGGAGAAUGAGCUGGACCUCAAGCUGGUCUCCUUCAGUAAGCUCUGCACCAGCUACAGCAGCAGCAACCGGGACCAGCGGACAAGAGACAACAGGUCCGAUUCUGUUGGCUCAUCUCAUGACAACAUGCUGGUGGCCAUGACUACUGAACUGGAGCAGCUCUUAACCAACCUAACAGCAGUCAAUGACAAAAUGGCAGAAUAUACGAACACCCCAGGAGCUUCGUCACAUAAUGCAGCACUGAUGCACACCUUACAGAGACACAGAGACAUUUUACAGGACUAUACUCAUGAGUUCCACAAAACCAAAAGCAACUUCUUCAGCCUGCGAGAGCGAGAGGACCUGUUGGGUUCUGUUCAUAGAGACAUCGAGUCCUACAAAAGCGGUUCAGGGGUGAAUAACAGAAGGACGGAGCUCUUCCUGAAGGAACAUGAACAUCUCAGAAACUCAGAUCGACUUAUUGACAAUGCAAUAAGCAUCGCCAUGGCUACCAAAGAGAACAUCACAUUUCAGCGUGGGAUGCUGAAGUCCAUUCAAACCAGGGUCACAACUUUGGCCAAUCGUUUCCCUGCCAUCAACAGUCUUAUCCAGAAAAUCAAUUUGCGCAAGAGGCGGGACUCUUUAAUUCUAGGAGGGGUGAUUGGCGUCUGCACCAUCCUCCUGUUGCUCUACACUUUCCACUGAUUCGCUGGUCGACUGACUGACUAACAGCUCCCUUCUUUAAGAACAACAAAUAUUCAUUUUAACUCAGACCAAAUGUUGCCAAGACUUUUUAUAUAUGUAUAUAUAUAUAUAUAUAUAUAUAUAUAUAUAUAUAUAUAUAUAUUCAAUUGUUCUUUCUGUUGUCCCCCCCAAAAACAGAGUUGUAAAAAAAAAAAAAAAAGAUCACUUUAAGAAAAAUCUUAAGAUUAAAGUCUCAAAUUAGAGUUUAUUUAUUGGGAAUUAUGAUAACAUUUCCAUUUGGGAAUCUGUACAUUGCUGCUUAUAUCUUGUUGUAAUUUUAGCUCUUUUUAAAUGUAUGAAGUCAUAUUUUCCUGAUGUUGUAUACUGUUGAUGUCAUACUUUUUUAUAUGGUGUUGGCAGUGCCUACUUUAAAUAAAGGCGAUGAGCUCACUUUCAA